AUACAACUUUUCUCCAGGUAUACUUCUAACGCGUACUCGUCGACGAUCUUUCCCGGCGUCUUACGGGAAAGUCUAUUUGUGGAGUUAUCAGCGUCCCGCAGAUUCGAUAUCAGCUCAACGAGAUUGACUUCUCGCAACCGAUGAAUCCGUCAUUGUUACAAAAAGACGCCGAGAUCCCUCACCCCGGAGGAGGAAACGCGAGAUAAGGCGCGGUCAAAGAUGACCAGAGGUUCCCCAGGCGCACCAGUGCGUCGAUUUCCUCGGACACGCAUACCGAUAAUCUCGCGAGAAUGAUCGUUUGCCGUGGAAGACCAUGGGCGAUCGCCACAUUCGUCCUCAUCGCGAGCGUGUCGGGGUCCGUGGAAUUUAGCAAGCCACCGGCCACCCCGAAGCUCUCACCUCAUCUCACCAGACCGAUGAUGACACGCUCGAUAGACAAACUCCUCGACGACGAGGAGCUUACUCCGCGCUACUCCGCGUCCCCCAAUCGCGUCGGAGACAUCUACAGAAGCUCGACCCUCCGAAGAAAUUUCGUUCCGAGCAGGAAUUACUUCGUGUACCCGAGAAGCCACGAGCGUCUCGCGUCCAGGAACAGCCCAGAGCAACCCCGUGCGAUCAGGUACAGGAGGUACGUCGUGCUCUCGCAUCUGCCAAACGCGACGAUCGAUUGGCCGGGCAAGGCCUCGCAGAACGGCACCGUGACGAGGAUACCGCUGUACAACGCGCACAGAUACUUCAUUCGCGAUAUUCCGCAGAGGGUUGCUCAUCGCGAAGAGCCCAUAUCGUCGUUUCAGACCGAUGAUCCUGCGAAGGAGACGCAAACUCUCGCCUCGUCGAGCAGAAGACGAAGAAGUCCGACGACCGCUGUCGACGAUCAGCCCUGGCGGAAGAACGUGAGCGAUUAUUACGCGGAGCGGAGAGCCGUGAUGGCGAGGUUCUACGCUCGUCAGCGAGAAAUGGAAGCGCGAUACGGCAUGAACUCCACCUCGAAGCCCGACAACGCCGCGGCGCCGCGGAACGAGUCGGUGACGAGCGACGUCACCUUGUUUCGACUGUAUCCCAGCAGGAACUCCAACCUCACGGAUAACAGAGCGACUUUUCGCCAACCGGCCAUAACGAUCGACCCGGUGUACGCUAAUCUGCCGGCCAAACUGGACCGUCGACCGGUCGUGCAGGAAGCCGACCGUCGCUUCCAGUCCCGCUCGUGGAACAACAGCAACGUCGACGGACAGGUCACCCGGUAUUACACCACGCCUGCUCCUUGCGCGAACGCGUCGUUGUCCGGCACUCUCGCGCCGAAGAAGCGAUCCAAGACUGUGGACAACGACGAACAGACGACGGUGAUCGGUCGCACGCAUAAUAACAGCAACGGGAGCGACCAUGUGAUUUGGGGGCCGUGCAAGGGGAAGGUGGUGUACCAGCAUAACUUGCUCCUGGGACUGAAGGGUCCUUCUACUCUCGAUACGAUGUUCGAGGUGAUUAUUCAAGGUCCCGUGUGCAUCACCUGCGUGGAGGCCUUGCGAUAUAACGAGACCAAGGCAAAGGUCACGUUUGAGUCUGGCGGACGAGGCUACGACUACGUGAAGCUCAAGUUACAAGGCUACGAAAAUGAAGGGUUCUCGUAUAUAAUAAAGGUCUGGGGUAUCAGAAAGUUCGGUCCGGAUUGCAGUAACAUGUAGCCGAGAGUAUUGAAACUCGGAAUCUUUGGACUCUGAAUUAGCAAAGAAUUCUCUGAACUCUAAAGGAUUUUACUCUUACACCCAUGAUCUCAAAAGAAAAUUCCUCUAAAAUUAAAAGGAAAAUACUUCAAGCACGACAUUCUUAAAGUUAGAGGAAUCUGAUCUGACGAUACAAGUCUUACUUGCCGCGCCUUUCGUGUCGCGUGUAAGAAGACAUUCCGUUUCAAGAGAGUAAACAUAUUUCCCUUAAUUUAAAAGGAGAAAAAAGUUUGAAUAAUAUCUAGUAGAUUUCCAACUAAUAGCCUUCUUCAUUAGAAUUCUCAUUAGAAUACUUUUUAUCAGAACUCUUUUGGUUUUUGCUUAGAAUAUCAGAUUACAGCAAGUGGCAUCUUGCCAAUGGAAUUCCCUUUUAGGUACAGACUAAUAAGUAAGUAAAUUCGUUUCUUAUUGAGAGAGAAAGAGAGAGAGAGAGAGAGAGAGAGAGAGGUUCGAGGACGCCAUCAACGCUCUGUAUGUAUAGAAAAAUCUUUAAUAUAUAAAAACAUUGCGUGCCUCAUAAA